AGUGUGGUGAUUGGUUUGUCCUCCUCUCUGGCAGAUGCAGGAAGAGCCGCCAUACACGGAGGAGGAGCUGCUGGCGUUUGAGGCGCACAUCAGUCAGACAGAAGAUGAUUUGAAGAGGAAGAAGGAGGAUCUGGACAAACAGCAGGAGGAACUGGAGAAGCAGCAACAGCACAUCCAAGCCCAACGGCAGGAGCUGCAGCAGGUGGUACAACAGAUGAUGGAGCAGAAGAAGCAGCAAUCUCCUCCCUCGUCCAUCCCAGAACCGGGUUCCCAAUACCAGCCAGCUAUGGACCAUGCAGGCCAUUUAGGAGCCGGGAAGCCACUGCCACCGGGACAUUUACCUGAAGCUGCAGUUCCACACAGCCAGUCCGCCCCUUGAUGUAGAGAUCUGUCACCGAUCCGAAUGAAAACUACUGCAGAGUCUGUGUGAUCAGCUCCUGGCGACAUCACCUGCCUGAGCACCGCACUCACCCAG